CGUGUGAUUCUCGUUUGCUGGAAAAUUGGCCGGUAGGCUGAGCCUGUGGAAGUGGCAGUUUCUGUUUGCGUUUUCUGUAUGCUGUAAAGGGGGCAGUGUCACCUUGCAGCCUUUAAUAUCUUGUUGUCUGCGGACUUGCGUAUAGUUUAACAUGGCAGAUAAAAAAGCCAGAAAGAAAGCCAACAAAGCUGCCUCAGAUAGCAUAGCAGCACAAUACCAGUGGGAGAAAAUAACAGACAUGCCAACGAAACGGGUCUUCGCAACAUCCACCGUUGUUGAGGGCAAUAUUUAUGUUAUUGGUGGCUGUGACGAGACUGGGUCUCCCCUGAACAGUUUUGAAAUGUACUCCCCCACAGAGAAAACCUGGAAAGUUUUGGCCCCCAUGCCUACCAGCAGGGCUGGGGCAGCUACUGUACACAUAGGAAAGAAGAUAAUAGUGUUAGGAGGAGUAAGUCAAGCCCAGGCCCCCCUUGAUGAGGUCGAGUUGUAUGACAUAGAGGAAAGUGCUUGGAAAAAAUUGGAAUCUCUGCCUGAAAAGUUGCUAGGAUUAUCAGCUGCAGUGAGAGAUGGCAAGGUCCUUAUAGCUGGAGGCAUGGCAGCGGACACAAACCCCAAAGAAUACUUUUUAAGUUUUGACAUAGAAGCCAACAGGUGGCAGAGCUUGCCACCUAUGCCAACGCCGCGAUAUGCAUCAUCAGGCUUCCUCAGGGAUAACAAGUUUUAUGUGAUUGGUGGGAGACAAGGUAAAGUUCCAGUGAACACAUUUGAAGUGUUCGACUUCGAUGAAAACAAGUGGCAGAAACUUCCCAACAUUCCCAGUAAGAGGGUUUUUCCAGGCUACAUUAUGUCAGAAACACAGAUCUUCAGUCUCGGUGGCCUCAAUCAAAACCCUAAGAAUGGCUUUGCAAAUUGUUGUGAAAUCUUUGAUAUAGAAAAAGGUGAGUGGACGGUGGGCACUCCUAUGCCCUCCAGACGAGGGGACUUUACAACUGCCGUGUUGAAUGGAAAAGUGAUAGUGGCGGGGGGAUUAGGCAAUGAAGGGAAGCCUUUGGAGGCAGCCGAGGUGUACGAUCCCGCCACCAACAACUGGACACGGUUGUCUCAUGUGCCGUCCACUCACUGUUCAUGUACCAGCGUGACACUAGGGGGCAGCAUCUACAUCAUAGGUGGACUGUCCCUCAACGGCCCGAGCAGCUGUGUAGACGUACUCCAUUUUAAAGAGAGAGAUGUAUGACUGUAUGCUUCUGAUUGUUUAAAAAUAAUGUUUAAAUAUGGGUAUGUGUUUUUUUAUAAAUGGAGGACAAACCUAUUUGUAGCUGUUAGUAUUAUUUGUUUUUGUAGAGCAGAUGUUAUGGUUUUGAUUGAGAAAAUGUAUAGACUAUAUAUGCAUGUGUAUUGAUAUUUGCCAAAAAUCAUUGCUCAUGCUAGCAUCUAAGAUCUUUGAUAAAUACUAAAAUUGUUGGACUUCUAGUCAUUUUUCUCCUGUUUUUCAAGACUUUGAGUAAAAUAAAUCAGAACAAAAACCUACAUAAAACCUUAUUUCUUAUUAGAAAAAACAUGAUUUAUGCUUGCAUUUUUUUCUCAGUGUAAUGUGUCAUUACAUGUAAAUCUAAUGUUCAGUGUAGGUUUUAAAUUAAACAUUGUUCAUCAGCUGGUUCAUUACUUCUCAAACAAGUAGCAAUCAAAAUGUAAUUUUCCUAUCAACUAAUGCAAACAGUCAUUUUUUUACUAUUGACUGAAAGCAACAGCUUUUUGCUGCAAAAAAACAUGCCUUGAUGAUCAUUAAAUAUAAUACUUAAGCACAAUUUAUCUCUUUUUAAUUUUGUAAAGUCACAUGUUUAAAGCAUUUUCAUUUUUAAGGUAAGUAGGUUAUUUUCAGCCUUUGUAACUGAAGUUUCAAUUUAUAUAAAUGUUUUUGUUUUUUUUUUUUUUCACCUUGUGAACAAAAUCAUGUUGCAGCUUAAUUUUUAGUCAGAAAUAGGCCUGUCAUCAACAGAACUAAAUGUCUGUGUGUAUGAGUGUGGCACUGUGCUGGGGAUAACAAUUUUUUGAGCAAUAUUUGUGGAGUGAUCCAAAAAUUUUUGUUAUAGCAUUGUAGUGAAGAAUGCUAGAGAUUUUACUCAUCCCCCUUUUUAUUUAUGGACCUAUGGCCAAUUAGAGGUCAGGAGAUAUUUGUUGAUAUGCUUAUCAAUUUGUUAAUUUACCAAAAUAUCAGUCAGUAUUGUUAUACACUGGCAUUUUAAAAAUGGAUUUGUAAUAUGGAAACAAGAUGUGCCUCGGUGGCAAGUGCAGAAUGUAGAUAUGUGGUCUGUUUAUCAGACUAUACAAAAGGCAAAUGAGGUUAUAGAACAGCAUAUACACAAGUCUGUACACAACUACCAGUUGCAUAUAUACUAGUCUAUACCCGCUAACCAAUUACACAGUGAUCAUUUACAAUCAGAAACCUGAAAAUAAUUUCAUGUUAUUCCAUAAGAUAUGUAUAGGGCCAGAGCUGCAUAUUUCAAAGCUAAAUUUUCUCCACAGCACAAGCUUUAUUUUAGAUAUUCAUUUCUGCUGUUUACAGCUGAGGCAGUUAAUUGAAGAUGUGGUGUCUGCACUGAGGCACCUAGGAUUUGCUAAAAGGUGCACAAGGGUUUUUAUUGGGAGUUAUCUGGGAACAGAGGGGGGUAACUCAAAUGCUAAGGGAUCUUUGUUAUCAAUAAUAUCAUAUGAGAAAGGGUGUGAAAACAAAUUAAAUCAAUCGAAGAAUUUUAAUAAUAUCAUAAGUGAUGGUUUCUAGUUGCAAUUUAUUAUUUUUUCUUGGGUGAAAGAAAUAAUCAUACAAUUUCUUGCAUGACAGUUCAUCAGUCUUUCGUGUAAUACUAAUCUUUAAUAGCAUUAGAAAGUUAGUUAGCAUUAGCACAUGAGUAUUUCUCUCUGUUAUUCUUUAAACUUUUUAAAAAUUUGUUCUUUUCGUGGAUGAUAUUUGCAUAUGUCUUCUGAGCAUUCCGGUGUAUAAUUGUGUUGAUUUGUAAAAUUAGGCCUUUUCUAUUUCAACACAAUUAAGUCACGUACUGCAAAGAUCAAAAACUCUGAUGUAGAAAUUCAGAUGCUAAAACAUGAUAUUAUAAUUAUUUAUAGGCUUUGAUUGGAAUGACAUUAUGUAAAAUAUUUCAUUGGUGCUUGUGAAGUCUGUGGUAUAUGAAAUAAUACCAUGUUUGUCUGAAAUUGUAAUAAAUGUUCUCAUUCAGUU